AUGGACAGAUAUCAGACCGCCUACUUCUAUGUGAAUGCUAGGUGCGGCACAACACGUGAUCAGAAGCCGCCGUCGUCGCAGCUAGCCUUCAGAAGAAGACACUCUCCGGCCAUGCGAGCGCCCGUCAUCAGACGGCAUCUUACUUAUCACGUCUUUUGUCAAUUCUUAUUAUUAGCUGUGUUUGUUAGAAAUAUCGAAACUCGGUCGAUUGUCAGAGGAGAUCAUGUUGUACAUACGCCUCUUGGAACCAUUCGGGGAGUUGGACAGACAUUUGACGGUGCAAAGGUUUCUGCAUUCCUGGGUGUUCCGUACGCAAAACCACCGAUUGGCUCGAGAAGAUUCAAAAUGGCUGAAAUGAUCGAUCGAUGGAGUGGUGAACUUGAAGCGAGAACUUUGGCGAAAACGUGUUAUCUGACAAUUGACAGUGCCUUUCCUCAGUUUCCUGGAGCUGAAAUGUGGAAUCCUCCUGGAGCAAUAUCAGAAGACUGUCUGAACAUGAAUAUUUGGGUGCCAGAAGAUCAUGAUGGAUCAGUUAUGGUAUGGAUUUAUGGUGGUGGAUUUUUCAGUGGAACACCUUCUUUGGAUUUGUACAGUGGAUCAGUGUUUGCAGCGAAAGAACACACGAUUGUGGUUAAUGUGAACUAUCGAUUAGGUCCUUUUGGGUUUUUAUACUUUGGAGAUGAUUCUCCAAUUCAAGGAAAUAUGGGUUUGAUGGAUCAACAGUUGGCACUUCGAUGGGUUCACGAGAAUAUUGGAGCAUUUGGAGGAGAUAGAUCAAGAGUCACUUUGUUCGGGGAAUCUGCUGGAUCUGCAUCUGCAACUGCUCAUUUAUUUGCUCCAAACUCUCAUAAAUACUUCAGAAACGUCAUUGCAAAGAGUGGUUCAAUAAUCAAUUCGUGGGCAUCUGCAACACCUCCAACAAUGCUUGAUUUAUCUCUCCGUCUUGCUAAAAAAGUGAAUUGCACUUCAACAGAUAUGAAUGUGAUUGCCAAGUGUCUUCGUAGUGUUCCAGCUCAUUUAGUUCAAGCAGAAGCAGAUAAUAUAUCAGGAGAUAUUGGGCCUCCAAUGACUUUUGCAUAUGUUCCUGUCUCAUCUGAUGCCAACUUUUUCCAGGGAGAUAUAUUUCAAAAACUAGCGAAUAAGCAAUUCAAGAAAGAUGUCAACAUAAUUUUUGGAAGCGUAAAAGAUGAAGGAACAUAUUGGCUACCGUAUUAUAUGUCACUUCCAAAAUAUGGAUUCGCAUUCAAUCAUACGAUAUCUGCAGAAGAUCCACACAAUAGAGCACUCAUCACCAGAGAACAUUAUGAAGAAUCAAUGAAAGCUUUCAUGCCGUACUUCGCUGGAUCAAAACUUGUAUUAAAUGCAUUUAUGAAUUCAUAUGAACACGUUUCAACAAGUAAUGUACCAGAAGAAAGAUAUCGAGAUGGUGUGGCACGAUUCCUCGGAGAUUUAUUCUUCACUUGUUCUCUAAUUGAUUUUGCUGAUUUAAUAUCUGAUAACAUCUUUGGAAAUGUCUAUAUGUACUAUUUCACUUACAGAUCAAGUGCAAAUCCCUGGCCUCGAUGGAUGGGUGUAAUGCAUGGAUAUGAAAUAGAAUAUGCAUUUGGUCAGCCAUAUUGGAGACCUCAUCUUUACGAUCAAAGUCAAUUAGAAGAUGAGAAAAGAUUAUCUUCAAUUAUAAUGCAAAUAUGGGCGAAUUUUGCCAACACUGGAAGGAUCGAUUCAUUUUGGCCUCAGUAUAAUAAAAUCGAAAGAAAAGCAAUCGAACUUGGAGAAUCCACUUUACAUGGAAAGCAUCGAAUAAUUUCAGAUGUCCAUGGAGGUUUUUGUAGAAUGAUCGACGAAGCAAAAGCCUUUGUGAAACAGAAAAAUGCAAACGAUUGCCGAACAGCUCGUAAAUCGGAUACUUCAUCAGUUCAAACAAGUUCAUCAAUCUCUUCUUCUCUCUACCUCUUUCUUAUUUUUACUCUUUCCAUUCUCUUCUCUUGUAUCAGUUUGUGA